CGUUUAUAAAAGCCCGUCUCGAAGCGUCUCGUCGCCAGUCUCUUCCUGUUCGCUUUGCGGUUGGUGGUGGUUGUUUCUGGAGCCGCAGCGGCUGUGAAGAUGGCGUCUACCAGCCGUUUGGAUGCUCUUCCAAGAGUCACAUGUCCAAACCAUCCAGAUGCGAUCUUAGUGGAGGACUACAGAGCUGGUGAUAUGAUCUGUCCUGAAUGUGGCCUGGUUGUAGGUGACCGGGUUAUCGACGUGGGAUCUGAGUGGAGAACUUUCAGCAACGAUAAAGCAACAAAAGAUCCAUCUCGAGUUGGAGACGCUCAGAAUCCUCUUCUGAGUGAUGGAGAUUUGUCCACUAUGAUCGGCAAGGGAACAGGAGCUGCAAGUUUUGAUGAAUUUGGUAAUUCUAAGUACCAGAAUCGGAGAACGAUGAGUAGUUCCGAUCGGGCAAUGAUGAAUGCCUUCAAGGAAAUCACCACCAUGGCAGACAGAAUCAACCUCCCUCGGAAUAUAGUUGAUCGAACAAAUAAUUUAUUCAAGCAAGUGUAUGAACAGAAGAGCCUGAAGGGAAGAGCUAAUGAUGCCAUAGCUUCCGCUUGUCUCUAUAUUGCCUGCAGACAGGAAGGGGUGCCCAGGACAUUUAAAGAAAUAUGCGCUGUAUCACGAAUUUCUAAGAAAGAAAUCGGUCGAUGUUUUAAGCUUAUUUUGAAAGCUUUAGAAACCAGCGUGGAUUUGAUUACAACCGGGGACUUCAUGUCCAGGUUUUGCUCCAACCUUUGUCUCCCUAAGCAAGUGCAGAUGGCGGCCACGCACAUAGCCCGCAAGGCCGUGGAGCUGGACUUGGUUCCUGGCCGGAGCCCGAUAUCUGUGGCGGCGGCGGCUAUUUACAUGGCCUCGCAGGCGUCCGCGGAGAAGAGGACCCAGAAAGAAAUUGGAGACAUUGCUGGUGUUGCCGAUGUCACAAUCAGACAGUCCUACAGACUCAUCUACCCUCGGGCCCCGGAUCUGUUUCCUACAGACUUCAAAUUUGACACCCCCGUGGACAAACUCCCACAGCUUUAAACCGAGGCAGCUAACGUCAGACUCCUCUGCACACGGAACCCUGCCUGCCUGUUGCACACGGCCCGCACGCCGUGCCGGGCAGGGCCUGCGUGAGGGGGAACGAGAGACGUGGUACGCAUUCCAGGCCCAAAUGUUGACCGCUUGGCAUUCUGUAUGUAUAUACUAGUGAAACAUAUUUAAUGAUUUAAAUUUCUUAUUGAACUUGCUUUCUUUUGUAGUAAUCUAGGAAACUGUAUUUUGGAAGAUAUUUGAAAUUAUAUAAUUCUUGAAUAAAACGUUUUUCAAAACUAAA